UCACAUUUUUUUGUUUCCAUUGAUGAUGGAUUCCUUUUGCACAAAAAACUUCUUCUUCAUCUGCAUAUUAGCAGUUGUAUUAUUAACAAAUUUCCCAUACAAUUCAUGUGCUAUAGAAACUGAGUCACUAACUGGGAACCUUCUAGAAUCAGCUACACAACCAGAGUUCUUGAAUUGGUUAAAAAUUGUAAGGAGAAGAAUCCAUGCGUAUCCUGAAUUAGCAUUCCAAGAAUACAAAACGAGUCAACUCGUUAGAGAUGAGUUGGACUCACUUGGAAUUAAGUAUGUUUCGCCAGUUGCCAAAACGGGUCUGGUUGGAACAAUCGGGUCGGGUCGGAAACCGUGGUUCGGGUUGAGAGCUGACAUGGAUGCUCUCCCUAUUCAGGAAUUGGUAGAUUUGGAGUACAAAAGCAAGAUCGAUGGCAAAAUGCAUGCAUGUGGCCAUGAUGCUCAUGUCACCAUGCUGCUUGGAGCAGCUAGAUUGCUUCAAAAUAGAAGGGACAAGUUGAAGGGCACGGUUAAGCUCGUCUUCCAGCCUGCAGAAGAAGGCUGUGCGGGCGCCUCCCAUAUGUUAGAAGAAGGAGCAUUAGAUGGGGUUAAAGCAAUAUUUGGCAUGCACGUCUCUCCAUAUUUGCCCACUGGUAUCAUCGGUUCAAGACCUGGUCCUAUUAUGGCUGGUGCAGGAAGGUUUACAGCAAUAAUGCAAGGGAAAGGCGGACAUGCAGCAUUACCACAUAAUACUAGGGAUCCAGUUCUUGCUGUUUCAAUGGCAGUUCUUGCACUCCAGCAACUUGUUUCUCGAGAAACUGAUCCUCUGGAGUCCCGGGUUGUCUCUGUUGCAUUCGUAGAUGGUGGUGAGGCUGGAAAUGUAAUCCCUGACAGCGUAAAGUUUGGGGGAACAUUUCGGUUCAUGACAUCUGAGGGCCAUUCCUAUCUUAAGCAAAGAAUUAAAGAGAUCAUCGAGAUACAAGCAGCCGUACAUCAAUGUUCUGCCACUGUUGAUUUUGCGGAGGACUUAAUGAGGCCAUAUCCACCAACUGUAAACGAUCCCACUAUCUACGAGCACGCUAAAAAGGUUGGAGAAAACUUGCUCGGUGAGCAAAAUGUGCUGUAUGCUCCAGUUACGAUGGGGGCGGAGGACUUCAGCUUUUAUUCCCAAAAGAUGUCAGCUGCAUUUUUUAGCAUCGGUGCACAAAAUAAAACGGCUGCGUCUGGUGGUGUUAAAGGUUUGCACUCCCCCUACUUCACUCUUGAUGAAGAUGUUCUACCAAUAGGAGCAGCCCUCCAUGCUGCUGUUGCCAUCUCUUACUUUGACACACAUGUUCAGACAUAGUAGAAUAGCAUUUUGGGAUUGAAAAAUCAUCUUGUUUGUAAAUGAAAAACAUUGUGAUUUGACUUCUUUGUUAGUAAAAAAGCAUACAUGCAUUUUUUGCUUA